AUGAAGAGCAGUGAUGAUCAUGUCCUUUCCUAUUUUUACUUUCAGCAAAUGGCAGCUCAGUUGUCUCGACAGCGUUCGAGGGCCGGGGAGCAGGAGGUCGUUCAGACUGCUUUUGAAGAAGUUACGAAUGAGCAACAGGAAGAGCAGACUGAUGUGCGGUUUAAAAAUAAGUGCUUAAUUUCCCUACAGCAAACAGGAAUCAGCACAGGAGACAUCAAACGCCUCAAGGAAGCUGGUUUCAAUACGGUCGAACGCAUAGCCCAUGCAAUGCGAAGUGAGAUUGCAUCUGUGAAGGGAAUCAGUGAGCAGAAAGCAGAUAAGCUGUUGUAUGAGGCUAUGAAGUUAGUGCCUAUGGGUUUUACAACUGCUUAUGAGGUCCACGAGCGACGUAGCGAGUUAAUACAAAUUCGAACGGGCUCGUCUUCAUUGGACAGGCUUAUUGGUGGUGGUGUUGAGACAGGUCACAUUACGGAGAUCUUCGGUGAAUAUCGUACAGGAAAAAGUCAAAUAUGUCAUAGUUUGUCAGUAAUUUGCCAAUUACCGAUAUCAAUGGGAGGAGCUGAAGGGAAGUGUAUGUGGAUUGAUACAGAGGGAACAUUUCGACCAGAACGUUUACUUCCAAUAGCCGAGCGUUUCAAUAUGGAAAGUAAGCACGUCUUGGAAAAUAUCGCCGUCGCCCGCUGUUAUAACUCGGACCAUCAGAUUUCGCUUCUCACAACCGCAGCCGCGAUGAUGGCAGAAAGUAGAUAUGCUUUAUUGAUUGUCGAUAGUGCUACAGGAUUAUUUAGGAGAGAUUAUUGUGGUAGAGGAGAACUGGCAUCUCGGCAAAUGGCUCUUUCAAAAAUGAUGCGACUCCUAAUUAAACUUGCUGAUGAGUUUGGUGUAGCAGUUGUGAUUACCAACCAGGUUGUGGCGCAGGUUGAUGGUGGAACAAUGUUUCAAGUAGAUGCGAAAAAACCGAUAGGCGGGAACAUAGUUGCUCACAUGAGUACAACACGAUUGGGUUUGCGCAAAGGCCGCGGUGAAACGAGGAUCUGCAAAGUUCAUCAAAGCCCCAGCCUACCAGAAGCUGAGGCAACGUUUGCUAUUACUUCCGGUGGUAUUGAUGAUGCAUCUGAAUAA